GGAAAGGGUGCCGCCGCCGGUCGCGCGCCUCCCCGACGAGACGACGACCCAGUUCAGGUCAAGCCACUGCUCUGUCUCCGUCCGUCAGUCCGUCCAAAGAACCAGACUUUCGCCGAAUCUACAAAGCUCCCUCCGCCCACGACCAUGGAUCCACCCCCUCCACCGCCGCUCUCCCGCCUGCCCUUCUUCCCCAGUCCCCACUCCGUACCACCCAGGAGCGACCAGGCCGCGGCCUCCCAAGCGGCAACGGCGCCGGCGACUGCAGCUGAGCCGAGAGGAUAGCGGCGGCGGCCCGACGGCCCGGAAGCAGAUCGCGCGCAGCGAAUGGCGGAGGCUAUACUCCUCGCUGUGUCAAAGAUUGGGACAGUCCUUUUGAAUGAAGCUGUCUUGGCUGUCAUUGACAAGCUGUCGAGGAAGGUUGAUAAUGUGAAGGAAUUGCCAGCAAAGAUCAAAAGAAUCGAUACAGAACUUAAGACGAUGAAUGAUGUAAUCGAACAUUUGGGUACAACACAACUCAGCAACAAGAUCAUCAAGGGAUGGGUUGGAAACGUGAGGAAGCUGGCCUACCAUGUUGAGGAUGUGGUUGACAAGUACUCGUACGAGGCUCUUAAGCUCAAGGACGAAGGCUUCCUAAAUCGGUACAUCUUCAGAGGUUCACGCCAUAUAAAGGUCUUCAGUAAAAUUGCCGAGGAAGUUGUAGAGCUAGAGGAGGAGAUUAGGCAGGUCAAAGGACUGCGUGAUUAUUGGAGUGAUACAGCCCAACCCAUCAAUAAUGAGCAUGCAGAGAUUGAUAGGCAGCGAUGUGGAGGCUGCUUUCCCGAACGUGUUAGUGACAAGGAUCUUGUGGGAAUUGAUGGAAACAGGAGCAAGUUGACCGAAUGGCUGACCACCAAUGAGAACGAAAGCAGAGUGAUUACAGUUUCUGGUAUGGGAGGCUUGGGAAAAACAACCCUUGUGAAAAAUGUUUAUGAUCGGGAGAAAACCAACUUCCCUAAUGCUCAUGCUUGGGUUGUGGUGUCACGGGCAUAUGAUGUAGUGGAUUUGCUGAAGACAUUGCUCACCAAGAUACAACAUACAGAAGAGUCACCGCCUCCGUCACCUCUUAGGGCGGGUGCCAAACCUGAUGUUUAUGAGUUGACAGAGGCGAUAAAGAAGAUAUUGCAAGAUAGGAAGUGCUUGAUCGUGCUCGAUGAUGUGUGGGAUAAAGAAGCAUAUACUCAGAUGAGCAGUGCAUUCCAGGGUCUCCAAGGAUGCCAUGUUAUGAUCACAACACGGAAGGAAGAUGUUGCGGCUCUUGCUCCAGUGGGGCGUCGCCUAAUACUGCAACCAUUGGGUGGCGUCGAGUCGUUCAAGCUAUUCUGCUCCAGGGCUUUCCACAACAGCCUGGACCACAAGUGCCCUCCAGAGCUUGAGGCGGUGGCUACUGCUGUAGUUGAGCGGUGUCGUGGCCUACCAUUGGCCAUUGUAUCGUCUGGCAGCCUAUUGUCCACAAAGCAACCAACAGAGCACGCGUGGAAUCAGGUGUACAACCAUCUUCAGAGCGAGCUGCGGGGGAAUAACCAUGUCCAAGCUAUACUUAAUCUGAGCUACCAUGACUUGCCAGGUGAUCUCAGGAACUGCUUCCUGUACUGUAGCUUAUUCCGUGAAGACUAUGAAAUGUCACGGGAAAGCCUCGUGCGGUUGUGGGUUGCUGAAGGGUUUGCGAUGAAGAAAGAUAGCAGCACGCCAGAGGAAGUGGCCGAGGGUAAUCUCAUGGAACUCAUCGGCCGUAAUAUGCUGGAAGUUGUGGAGAGGGAUGAGCUCUUGAGGGUUAGUAAAUGUAAGAUGCAUGACAUUGUCCGAGACCUAGCUCUUGCUGUUGCUAAAGAGGAGAGGUUUGGCUCCGCGAAUGAUCAGGGCGAAAUGAUGCUCAUGGAUAAAGAAGUUCGCCGGUUCUCGACACGCUGUUGGAGAGACAGUAACACAGCUGCAGGAGUGGAAUUUCCACGACUUCGAACCGUCAUCUCACUCGCCGCAGAUUCGUCCUCUACCAACAUGAUUUCCUCAGUUUUUUCUGGAUCCAGCUACCUUACCGUUCUCGAGCUUCAAGACUCUGGAAUCAACCAAGUGCCAGCAUCCAUUGGGAAUCUCUUCAAUCUCCGUUACAUCGGCUUGAGGCGCACCAGAGUUCAGUCACUGCCAGAUACUAUUGAAAAACUGUCAAACCUCGAGACGCUGGACGUCAAGCAAACAAAAAUAGAAAAACUACCACCAGGAAUUGUGAAGGUUGAGAAGUUACGACACCUUUUAGCUGACAGGUUUGCUGAUGAGAAGCAGGCGGAAUUCAGGUACUUUGUCGGAGUGGAAGCACCGAAAAUGGUUUCCAACUUUAAAGAAUUGCAAACUCUUGAGACCGUCCAUGCCAGCAAAGACUUGUCGCUAGAGCUGAAGAACAUGAGUAAGUUGCAGACUGUUUGGAUUGAUGACAUAAAUGCAUCUAACUGUGAUGACCUUUUCAAGACCCUCUCAGCUAUGCCCCUACUUUCUAGCUUACUUCUCUGUGCAUGUGAUGAGAAGGAGACACUUUCUUUCCAAGCACUCAAGCCAAUUUCCAAGAGGCUGCACAGACUAAUCAUCAGAGGUGGCUGGGCCGAUGGGACGCUCAAGUGCCCGAUAUUCCAGGGUCAUGGGAAGAACAUCAAGUAUCUGGCUCUAAGUUGGUGCAAUCUUGGGAAUGAGGACCCGCUGCAGCUGCUGGCAUUUCAUCUGCCAGCUCUCACUUAUCUCAGUCUUAACAGGGUGAGUAGUGCAGGUACAUUGGUACUGUCUGCAGGGUGCUUCUGUCAGUUGAAGACGCUUGUUUUGAGGCGCAUGCCUAAUGUCAAGCAACUGGAGUUUGAGGAGGGCGCCAUUCCAUGCGUUGAAGGGAUCUACGUCAUGUCACUCUCGGAGCUCAGUAUGGUCCCUCAUGGCAUCGAGUCGCUUGGGUCCCUGAAGAAGCUCUGGAUGCUAGACCUGCACAAGGACUUCAAGGCUGACUGGGAUCUGAACCAGAUGAAGUACAAGAUGGAGCAUGUUCCAGAGCUCCGUGCCUAGUCAUGCUCUUUUCGUGUCCUCGCGUUGUCUUCUGCUGCUUGAAGUAUGUAUGUACUUUGCUGUAAUCCUUAUUUUUUCGCUCGUUGUUGCUCUAGACUCUCUUCUGGGUAGUGCUAAUAGGUUUUUGCCCCGUAGUGGGUGCUUGAGAACGAGCACUCAGCAGCGGGUUUCCUAUUAGUGACCAAACUUGGUACCUUCUUUUCCAUUCCCUCUAUUCUUGUGCUGUAAGCCUGUAAUUAACUGGUUAUUUUGAUCAGUCAAAGAAAAAGUCAUAAUUGAUAAUAUUAA